AGUGUUUAGCUCUUGCGUGUCUUUCCACAGAAGAGGAGUGAAACGCGGGGGUUUGUGGGUAGGACGUCUAGGUCAGCCAUAUUGUCUUCUUCAGCCGCUUGAAGGAGAGAGAGAGGGAGAAUGAAGGGGAUUCGGGGAAUAAGUCAGCUGUCGAGGAGGCUGUACGCAGCGCAGGCUGCCUGUAAGGUUGAGGUGUCUGAGGUGCUCAAGGUUGUACCACAAGAGGUGCAGGUGACCAAAUUGCCCAGUGGCCUGGUGAUUGCAUCCCUGGAGAACUACUCCCCAGCCUCUCGCAUCAGCGUUCUUGUGAAAGCUGGCAGCCGCUAUGAACCCCAUGACAGCCUGGGUAUCACACACGUGCUCCGCCUGGCAAGUGGCCUGACUACUAAAGGAGCCUCCGCGUUCAGGAUCUGCCGUGGCAUCGAGGCUGUCGGAGGAAGCCUGGGAGUGUCUACAACCCGGGAAACCAUGGCCUACACUGUGGACUGUUUGAGAGAUCACAUUGACACAGUCAUGGAGUAUCUGAUCAACGUGACCACUGCACCAGAGUUUCGGCCAUGGGAGGUCUCUGAACUCACUCCAAGGGUAAAAGUGGACAACGCCAUCGCCAGCCAGAACCCACAGAUUGGUCUCCUUGAGAGUCUGCAUGCUGCUGCUUAUAAGAACGGCCUUUCCAACUCUCUGUACUGCCCAGAGUACAUGGUGGGCAAAAUCACCUCAGAUCAGCUGCAAGCAUUUGUUCAGAACAAUUUUACCAGCGCAAGAAUGGCACUCGUUGGACUUGGUGUGGACCAUACUGUUCUCAGACAAGUAGGAGAGCAGUUCCUCAACAUCCGGAGUGGCGCAGGCGCUGUCGGGUCCGAAGCCCUGUAUCGUGGAGGUGAGCUGCGAACUCAAACAGGAGGCAGCCUGGUGCAUUCGGCUGUGGUGAGUGAGAGCGCAGUGGCCAGCUCUGCAGAGGCCAUAGCUUUCGGCGUGCUACAGCAUGUUCUGGGAGCUGGACCACACGUCAAGAGAGGCUCCAAUACCACCAGCAAACUGAGCCAGGCCAUCUCCAAAGCUACAGUUCAGCCCUUUGACGCUUCCGCAUUCAACGCCAGUUACUCUGACUCCGGGCUGUUUGGCAUCUACACCAUCUCUCAGGCUGAUUCAACUAGAGAUGUGAUCAAGGCUGCUGUCGGCCAAGUCGGUGCUAUUGCACAAGGAAACCUGGCUGCAGAGGAUCUCAGCAGAGCCAAGACCCAGUUGAAGACUGAGUACCUCAUGUCCAUGGAGACCUCAGAAGGCCUGUUGGAGGCUAUCGGGAUGCAGGCACUGACCGAAGGCACCUACCAUACUCCAGAGGCGAUAAUCCAAAAAAUCAAUGCUGUGUCUUCAAGUGAUGUUGUUAAUGCGGCGAAAAAGUUUAUGUCUGGGAAAAAGUCGAUGGCUUCCAGCGGGCACCUGGUUAACACGCCCUUCGUGGAUGAAAUCUGAACGUCCUUCAGUGAAUGUCCCCUAAUUAUUUUGCCACCUCUUCUUAUCUCUUUAUUAAAAAUACCACAGAAAGGUCAACAGACCCUCACAUACCAUCACACACAAA